AGCCAUUUCAAUUUCAGGGUCUGCCCUCAGAGGCACGCCAGACGAGGCCGCCAGCGUCACGCAGUCCGCUUGGAGGGCAGAGCGUGUCGCCCGCGCUGCCGCUGCGGCGCGCUGGGCAGAAGCUCCUGUCGCCGCAGCGAUUUUUCGACUUCAGGGCCCGCCCCGCGGAAGAGCACGCCCCACGAGGCCGCCCACCUGCCAGAUCGCAAGCGGCCGUUGGCCGGCUGGCUCACGAUGGGCCAGGCCGCCGCCCCGGCCCCAGCCCAACCGCACGGGCGGCACCCGCAGGGUCCGUGGACCCAGCUGCGCCGCGCCAGGCGCGCGGCGCGCGCCCGCGAGCUGGGCUACAUCGGCUGGCGCGCAGGCGACGGCGUCACCGUCCUGGUCUGCCCAGCUGCCGCCCGGGCGCUGCUGCAGCAGCACGAUGGCGGCGGCCCCGGCCUGGAGAAGCCGGACAAGCUGCUGCUGCUGGAGAGCACGCGCUCACCGGCGUGUCCGGCGAGGCGUGGGCGCGGCAGCGGCGGGCCUUCCAGGAGGCCGUGGCCGGCGGGCAGGGCGUGCAGCGGCAGCGCCACGGCGGCGCCGCGCGGGCGGCCGCGGCCCUCGCGCGCCAGUGCGCCAGCAUCGGCCACGUGCGGGACAGACGUGCGGGAGUUGGCGGCCGUGGUCGCGGCGCGCGCGGUGGUCUGCCUGCUGCUGGGGGCGGACGGGCGCGGGGACGCCGAGCUGGAGGCCGCGCUCCUGGGCUUCCGCGGGGCCAAGGGCCUGGCCGGCGCGGGCGUGAACGUGGGGCCGAGCCCGCGGGCCACAUCGACGCGCUCCUCCACGGCUUCGCGGGCUGCGUGCGCGCGCGGACGGAGCAGGUGAGGGCCGCGCUGUCCGACCCCGCGGCGGGCAGCCGCGACUCGGCCGCGCUGCUCGCCCGGCUGCUGCAGAGGACAUGCGACCUGCAGCCCGAGGAGGUGCUCGACAACGCGCACAGCUGCCUGCUCGCCGGCUUCGACACCAUCAUGGCGCUGGUCUUGUGUGCCACACCGGCGGCCCGAAAAGCUGGCGCCCCGGGGGAUGGGGCCCUUGGCAGGGCUCGUCUCGAUCCCUCCGUUUGCUAAGGCCUUACG